GUUGGGUCAUUUAUUUAAAAGAAACAUGUUGGGUCGGAGCAUGUCACUAUUUGACCCGACAUCAGUGAACACGAACAUCUACAUGCCUUAAAAGCUAACCUCGACGGCUACGUUUUUGGUUUCAGAUCUCGCUUUUCAUUUUUGCCUUUGCAAUUUCAGGAUUUUAGGUUAAGAUAUGGCAGAGGCAAAACCUGGAUUGAGAAAGCCGGUUUUCACUAAGGUUGAACAGCUUCGACCGGGGACUAGUGGCCACACUCUAACUGUGAAGGUUGUGAAUACUAAGAUGGUGAUGCAGAAGGGUCGUCCGGAUGGUCCUCAACCGCGCCAAAUGAGAAUUGCUGAGAGUUUGGUGGGUGAUGAGACGGGGAUGAUCAUAUUUACAGCUCGAAAUGAUCAAGUGGAUCUGCUGAAAGAGGGUUCAACCAUCAUUUUGCGAAAUGCGAAAAUCGACAUGUUUAAAGGAUCAAUGAGGCUUGCUGUGGACAAAUGGGGCCGCGUCGAAGUAACAGAACCUGCUGAUUUCACUGUUAAGGAAGACAACAACCUCUCCCUUAUUGAGUACGAACUUGUUAAUGUUGUGGAGUAACAUGUUUGGAAUAGUUUGCAACUUCUACUGUGUUAUAAUGAGAAUAAAGCAAAAUCCAGCAACUAGGAACAGAGAUUUGGAAAGCUGUGGUACAAGAGUUAUUUAUUCCAAAUGAUUCAGCGGUUCUUAUAAAACUGAAACAAAUGUCAUGUGCAUUGCAUUAAAUGAGACAAAAGAUAAGGGAAUUCGCUUCCAAAUCUUGUUUUUUUUUGGUUUUAUUAUCUUAUCUUUAGUUAUGGAUUUUGUGCAUUUUUCUUCUUCCUUUGGAUCAUAUGUAUCAGAAUUAUAUUAUAUGUGGAAGACAAACCUUUAUA